AUAGAAUUGACACACCUAUCACAGUUAAGAUGAAACGAGAAAAUAGUCUAUCACAACCUAGCUACCCUCUAGCCCAGAAGGUGGCGGACGGUUAUGCACCUUAAUGCUUGCCAACCACCACUUAACUGUACAAGAAGAAGAAAACGAAGAAGGGGCUAGUAAGCUAGCCUAGCUGCAGUUUUUUUUUUGAGAAAUAUGGCUGCAGUGCUUCCAGUCAGAUCGCCCUGCGACAGCAACCCCGGUACUCCUGGAGCACAAUCGAUAAAGGAGGAUGUUAUAGAAGAAGAGUCCAAUGAUGGCAGCCAGCCUCCCAAGAGAAGGAGAAUGGGUUCAGGGGACAGCUCUCGAAGUUGUGACACCUCCAUUCAAGACCUUGGCCCGACAUAUUUCCCAGCAGAGAACCUGACAGAGUACAAGUGGCCUCCAGAUGACACAGGAGAGUACUAUAUGCUGCAGGAGCAGGUCAGCGAGUAUCUGGGAGUCACAUCAUUCAAAAGGAAGUACCCUGAUAUGGAGAGAAGAGACUUGUCCCACAAAGAGAAGCUUUACCUACGUGAACAGAACGUCAUCACUGAAACACAGUGUACUCUGGGUCUAACAGCUCUGCGGAGUGAUGAGGUGAUAGAUCUGAUGAUAAAGGAAUAUCCCACCAAACACUCCGAGUAUUCAGUCAUACUGCAGGAGAGAGAGCGGCAGAGAAUAGCUAAAGAGUACUCUCAAAUGCAGCAGCAGAACCCUCAGAAGGUGGAGGCCAGCAAGGUACCUGAGUACAUUAAGAAGGCAGCUAAAAAAGCUGCAGAGUUCAAUAGCAAUUUUAACAGGGAGCGUAUGGAAGAGAGGAGGGCGUACUUUGACCUUCAAACACAUAUUAUCCAAGUGCCCCAGGGCAGGUUCAAGGUGCUGGCUCCAGACCUGACAAAGACAGGGCCUUACCCUGUGGCUCUUAUUCCAGGACAGUUCCAAGAUUACUACAAAAGGUACUCUCCCAAUGAGCUGCGAUACUUGCCAUUGAACACAGCUCUGUUCGAGCCUCCACUAGAUCCAGAGCUCCCUGCGCUGGACUCAGAACCAGACUCAGACGACGCAGAGGAUGGCAAGGGUGACAAAAAGAACAAGUCAUCUGACAGUUCUUCAGGCAAUACAACAGACGUUGAGAGCCAGGAGGGAGGAGGUAGACUGGGCAACAAGUCCAAGGCCAAAGACAGGACAUCCACGCCGGGGAAAGAUGGCAGCCAGCGCCAUUCUGCCUCCCACAAAGCCACCCCAGGGUACAAGCCUAAGGUCAUUCCCAAUGCUAUAUGUGGCAUUUGCCAGAAGGGUAAAGAAGCCAACAAGAGGGGCAAGCCAGAGGCUCUCAUUCACUGCUCCCAAUGUGAUAACAGCGGCCACCCAUCCUGCUUGGACAUGAGCAAGGAGCUGGUGGGUGUGAUCCAGACGUACUGCUGGCAGUGUAUGGAGUGUAAGACGUGCACCGUUUGUCAGCAGCCCCACCAUGAGGACGAGAUGAUGUUCUGUGACAAAUGUGACCGAGGAUACCACACGUUCUGCGUAGGCAUGGACUCGAUACCUACUGGUCUUUGGGUAUGUGAGGUUUGCGACAAAGAUUUCACCACACCCAAGAAGAAGGGAGGAGCCAAAACACCUAAGAAGGCCAAGUCAGCUCAAAAAUGAUCCACAGCAUCAUUAACCACGAUACAUUGACCAAAUUCAACACAAACGCACAUCAAGUCAUUUGUUCAAUCAUUUGCAGAAGCUAAAUAAUGUUAACAGCCAAUCUGUAAAUUAAAUCCAUCCAAAUGUACUGCACUGAAUCCUGUGAUCUGCUGACCACUAACAGCCAGCUAACUCAUUUCUGCAGUCGGAAAUUUGUUUUAGUCUAACAAAUGGUGCUUUUGAUCCUGUACUGCUGAAAAAAAACCUCAAUGUCAACGAGCUCACUGAUGUAAUUUAGUUACUCUCAAAACAUUUUUGUCUGGUUUUGUAUUUUUAAUUAACAUGUAUUUAAUGCGGCAGGCCAGUAAAAAUAAAUCAAAUUGUUUAAGUAUUGUCUUAAAUGAUGACAUGGUGCUUUUGGUUCUGUGUGAUGAAAUGUAAUAGACGCGGGCUGUGAUCAACAUGGCUGCAGAAGCUAUUUAUGCGAGUCUUGGUUACUGAUACAUAGUGUCUCAAUUUACAUGUAUUGAAUUUGAUGUCAGCCAUCGACUUUUGAUUUGUAU